AUGUUAGCUAAGGGGUGUGUUCGAGUAAGUGGACGUCAGGGUUUAUUUGGCGUCCAAAUUAGGAUGGCGAUGUUAAGUUCAUUUAAUUCGCCUAAAAUCAGUUCUAAUGACAGGCCAAAACCGGACCAGCUGUUAAAGGAUAUUGCAUCUUAUGUCCACAAUACUAAGAUAAUAUCAAAAGAGGCCUUUCAGACAGCUAAAUUAUGCUUUUUAGACUCUUUAGGUUGUGGUUUGGCUGCUCUUAAAUACGAGCAACCUCGAGGAAUUAUUAAGCCGAUCGUUCCAGGUACUGUUGUUCCCAAUGGAACGAAGGUAAUCGGUACGAAGUACCGGAUGGAUCCUGUGAAUGGUGCUUUUGCUAUUGGAACUUUAAUAAGAUGGUUAGACUAUAACGAUUGCUGGUUGGCUGCUGAAUGGGGUCAUCCGUCCGACAAUCUAGGGGGUAUCUUAGCUAUUGCUGAUUACAUGACUAGACUGUCAAAAGCGACGGCUGGUGAUGAUGGCAGACUUUUUACUGUCCAUGACGUUUUGGAAGCUAUGAUCAAGGCACAUGAAAUUCAAGGUAUAAUCGCAUUGGAUAAUGCCUUUAAUGAAGUUGGUUUAGAUCAUAUUGUGUUGGUUAAAGUUGCUACUACAGCAGUGGUUUCUAAAAUGCUGAAUUUAACUGAGGAACAAACUGUGGAAGCAUUAUCACAGGCUUUUGUUGAUGGCCAAUCAUUAAGGACGUAUAGACAUGCACCAAACACAGGAUCUAGGAAGUCUUGGGCUGCAGGUGACGCAGGAGCUAGGGCGGUCAAACUGUCAUUCCUUGUCAAAAACGGAGAAGUUGGGACUAUUCCUUCUGUUCUAACUGCGGAAACUUGGGGAUUUUAUGAUGUCUUGUUCAAUUCGAAACCAUUCGAAUUUAAGCAACGGAAAGAAUUUGGAUCCUAUGUUAUGGAGAAUAUUCUGUUCAAGAUUUCUUUCCCAGCUGAGUUCCAUGCCCAAACUGCUGCUGAAGCUGCUCUUAAAGGUCGUAAGAUAUUGAGAAAGAUGGGCAAGAGCUACAAAGACAUAAAGUCAAUUAAAAUCAGAACCCAAGAAGCAGCUCUCAAAAUCAUUGACAAAUCGGGGCCCCUAUACAACUACGCUGACAGGGACCAUUGUCUCCAAUAUAUGACAGCAAUCCCCUUGAUAUAUGGUAGAUUACAUGCGGACGAUUAUCACGAUAAUGUCGCUUCGAACCCAGAGAUUGACGAACUAAGAGCUAAAAUGUACUGUGUAAAGGAUGAAAAGUUUACCGAGGACUAUCAUAAUCCAGAUAAGCGUGCCAUUCCAAAUGGUUUGACUAUAGAAUUAAAUGACGGAACUAUUUUAGAUGAAAUUGUCGUUGAAUAUCCAAUUGGUCACAAAUUCAGGAGAAAAGAGGCAGUACCACUAUUGUUGGAAAAGUUCUACAGGCAUAUAUCGGAGCAUUUUAGCGGUGACCUCAGUAAGGUAGAAGCCAUCAUGUCAAAAAGCUCUGAGGACAGUUUUGAAUACAUGAGUAUCGACGAGUACAUAGAUUACUAUUGUUAA